UUAAUACAGUCAUCCUGGGAAGUGCAACUCCCCUGAAAUCAUCCAAAACAUAGGGGAAUACAAAAUCAGGGCAUGAAUCAAAAGACUGGGAUUGGUUGCUGCAGUUUCCUCCUUGCUUGGCCAAUGCAUCUGCAAAUCUAUUUGCUUCUCUAAGUUAUGGUAGAAAUAGACCUGGGAAAUACGAGGCAGUUGAUUUAAGCAUGAUGGCUUCUGGUUAGUCCUUCCCAGUGAAAUUGACUCAGAAACCACUAGGAAAAGUUUAGGACGGGUAGACCCAGAUUUACAUGUAGACCGAGAGGUGGAAAAUAUGCCACAGCACUGAAGUUAAUUUUUUAGUUCAAAAUGAUCCCUCAACAGCAGAUCAGUCUUAUCCUUACAUUUAUUGGCUCCACUCCGCCAUCCUCAAGACCUCAGUAAAUCGGUUUCCACCACCACCAUUAUCACACUUCCUUGUCACUCCUUCUCCCCCACUCCCCAUAUCGACGGUCGUUCCUUUUCCUCUCUCUUUUUCCAAAAUCGGCACCUACUGCUGCAUUUCAGUGAACAGAUCCAGGCAGAUGGUGCGGUAAUGUCCACAAGUGGAAAGAAGCUUCUAAUUAGCACAUGCACAACAUCGUCAUCUUGAUUGUUUGUUGUUUCCUCAUCACAUGGAUGGAUCCGAGCAGCAGGCCAACAGUUUGUUUAUUUUGAGCUUUAGCAUCAAGACUUCUCGGCACUAAUCCCGUCCCACUCCCAAGUUUACAGCCCACCAUGAGAUGAAAGAAUUUCAUGAUUAUGUGAAUGAUGAAUUUAACUAGUGCUGCUUCUUUGACAUGGAUAAGAGCGAAGGAAUUAACCUCACGGAGAGAGAUUCUUCAGAAAGACUUCCUUCACUGAUUGAACAUAUUGCUGCAAAUAAAGUGGCUGGAUUUGAUAACAUUAAGGAGAAGAGUGAGCUGAAUUAUCAACCAGCUGCCAUGUGUUCUCAUUGUUUAAGCCCCUUAAGCAUGGGAACUGUGGCAGCAGCUGCAGAUGGUCAGAGUGAUCUUUCUCAGACUCAAAGACUGCAUUCUGUUUCUAUUAGCAUGCCAUCUACUCCUGCGGGAAAUCAUUCCUCAAAUGCGAAAAAAGUACUCUUCAAUGAUAGUAAUGAAAUAAUUUUCAGCAAUGACGUUUCAAAUUCUGCUGCUACAACCAAUUAUGGUGGUGCUGCAGAACUAAAAACCACAAAGUUUCAUUCUCAGCCAAUGCCAACAGGUUCAACAUCUGAUGAGGUUGUCGCAAAUGGCAAAUUUCCAAGCCAUCCAGAAGGUCCCCUUAGGAAUCCUGCAAUUAACGGACUAAAGGAUAAAAGAUUUGACACUUUCAAAACUUGGUCUGGGAAGCUUGAGAGGCAAAUAUCCAAUUUACGUGGAAAGAACAGGGAAGAUACACAUGAUUCCAAUCCGCAAGAGAAUAUAGAAGUGGAGAGUUUACCUGUGGACCGGUACUUUGAUGCCUUGCAGGGGCCUGAACUUGAUACACUACGGCCUUCUGAGGAGAUAAUUCUUCCUGAAGAUGAGCAGUGGCCCUUUCUUCUUCGCUACUCAAUCUCUUCAUUUGGUAUCUGUCUUGGUGUUAGCAGCCAAGCCAUUAUGUGGAAAGCCCUUGCAACGUCUGCUUCCACAAAAUUUCUGCAUAUAAGCCCCGAUGUAAACCUAGCUUUGUGGUGCAUAUCGGUUGCUCUUGUAGUAAUCGUCUCUUCCAUUUACUUUCUGAAAGUGAUUUUCUACUUUGAAGCAGUUCGGAGAGAAUACUAUCACCCGAUCCGUAUCAAUUUCUUCUUUGCUCCAUGGAUAGCACUUCUUUUUUUAGCUCUAGGAGUUCCACCAUCAAUUUCUGAAAAGCUCCAUGCAACUCUAUGGUACAUUCUUAUGUUUCCAAUCUUUUGUCUUGAGCUAAAAAUUUAUGGACAAUGGAUGUCAGGAGGAAAGAGGAGGCUUUCAAAGGUGGCCAAUCCUUCAAAUCAUCUCUCAGUUGUUGGAAAUUUUGUUGGGGCAUUGCUUGGCGCAUCCAUGGGGCUAAAGGAAGGGCCUAUUUUCUUCUUUGCUAUUGGAUUGGCUCAUUACAUGGUCUUAUUUGUCACUCUCUACCAAAGACUUCCAACAAAUGAGACACUUCCAAAGGAGCUUCACCCAGUAUUCUUUUUGUUUGUCGCAGCACCUAGUGUUGCUUCUAUGGCGUGGGCAAACAUUCAGGGAUCCUUUGAUUAUGGAUCACGGAUUGCUUACUUCAUUGCUAUGUUCCUCUAUUUAUCGCUGGCUGUUCGCAUUAACUUUUUCCGAGGCUUCAGGUUUUCUUUGGCAUGGUGGGCGUACACUUUUCCAAUGACUGGAGCUGCCAUUGCCACAAUCAGGUAUUCAAAUGCGGUAACCAAUGUAGUGACAAAAUGUUUAACUGUGAUACUAUGUGUAACUGCAACACUCACAGUAACUGCACUACUCGUAACAACAAUCAUCCAUGCUUUCGUGCUUCGAAACCUCUUUCCCAAUGACAUUGCCAUUGCAAUUAGUCAAGGAAAGCCUAAAACAACUCGACGAUGGUUUCAUAGAAGAUCUGGCAGCUCUGAUACUACUACUAAACAUAUUGAACACUACCUCAAGUUUGCAGAUUCGGAAGAAAAAGAUAUUGAAGCUUCUAAUGAGUCGGCAGGAAAAGUUUGAACUUCUGGCAUAAAAAGAAGUUUACAAUAUUCAGUACUUCAUCAGUUUUACAGGUCCUGAAGUACUUACAAACAGUCUAUCAAGGGAGGAGCAGUAAAUCUUGAAGUCCCGAUGAACUUGAUGUACAAAUUUAUCAAUAUGGUUUAUGUAGCAAGGAGAGAUCAAGGAAAAUUUUCCACUUUCUUUGAGCUGUAAAUUGUUGUAUUAGAAACUCUGAAAGUCUGAACAGUUGGAUAUCUUUCUGAAUAAACUAAAUUUUUAGCA